AUGUUCUCUCUCCCUCCCAUACUGUCGUUCUCAUUCGUUUCUUCAAUUUUCUUUUUGCUUUCGUCACCUCUGUCAUCUUUUCUCUAUCUCUCUCUAUUUAUUCCCCCUCUAUCUCUCUAUAUCUCUCUAUUUUUCCCCCUCACCCUUCUACUUUCUUCGCUUCUCCUACUCUCUCAUAUUUUGCUUUGCGUUUUUUUCCCUUUCACUCUCUCUCUAUCUCAUCAAUUGUCUGUUUCUCUCUUUCAUCCUUACUCACCCCAGUUUUGUUUUUGCUCUCCAUCUUCCUCAUGUCCCUCUAUCUAUCUCUAUCACUACCUAUCGAUCUGCCAUUAUGCUUCUUUUCCGAACGUUUUUCUUCCUGACCUGAAAAUUUCUUUUUUUUUUUUCUUUGCCACUUACUCUCUCAUUUUCUUCACUUCGACUUUACUGUAUGGACAUUCGUUCUUGCUUUUCUGUUUUUCCCCGUUCUUUCUUGUCUUUUUUAUAUUUUUUUCCGUUCAUUUUUACUGCUGUUUCUCUUUCCUUCAUUUUUCUUUUACUUUUAUGAGGCCUCCUUUGUGUAAAUCACGCGUCCACAACACGAAAAUGAGCCACAUGCAUUUGGCGGGUCUCUUCUUUGCUUUAAUGUCGUCGUACAUAAAUGAAAGGUGUGCAAUGAGUAUCUGCUUAUGGCAGGGGCUCAGACAGUCAAUCAUAACCACCAGAUUCGCUCAUGAAUGGUUGACCAGUGCCUCAUUUCACGGUGUACUGUUUCCCAACCGUCCGUCUCACUGGGUGCCGUUGUGCAGUCUCACUGAAGCCGGGCGGAAUCGUACUGCUCUAAACGGCGGUAAAUAG